ACUGUCAAAACCUGCGACGACGGAACUGUCAGAGGCAAGGAAAAAGAUACUUCGCACUGGCACUGGUCGGAUCGUCGGUCGUCAGUCGGUCGCGGUGAUUUACAUUUUUUCCCGUGUGUGUCGUGCGUGUGUUUCGUUUCGGCUGGAAGAAAGUUGAUGUUUUUACCGUGCGGACGUUCCGGUGGUGCCCCUCGCGGAACCUGGUGCCGUGUGUAAAGUGCGCUUUUGUGGUGUGUGAAUCGGCUGCUCGGACACCUUCCGGGCCCAGUGCUGCCUAGUGGAUUGUGAUUGUGGUUGAAGUGGAGCGAAAAACUCUCUUUCGGAGUACAUUUUUUUGGGUGUUCUUUUGUGUGCGAGUUUGGUGUAGUUUUUUGGAGUUGCAAGGAAAACUUCGUGUCACCGUGAAUCCGGGGUUCGCUUCAAUCAUCCGGAAAGAAGCAGUAUUCCGUGUAAUCAGAUUGUCAACGGCGUCAGCAAUUUGUGGGUCAUUCGGUGAAACAAGACAAUAAAAGCAGAAGCAAUUGAACAGAGCAGAGUAACAGCGGGACUCACCAGGACGACGACAGGGUAAAAACCUCGAGGAAUCAACACUUUACUUAAACAGUAAACAGAGCAGAACUAGCAGGUCUAGUUUCAGAAAGCUCUAAAAACGGUAGACGCGUUAAGAAGAAGAAGAAUCAGUAACAGUAAGUUCCAAAGUAAGAUAAACCAGUCAACAUGAGCAGCUCGAGACACGCGUUCUACACCGUCGAGGUGGGCGACACCAAGUUUACCAUCCUGAAGCGAUACCAGAACCUGAAGCCGAUCGGAUCCGGUGCCCAGGGCAUCGUCUGCGCCGCGUACGACACCAUCACCCAGCAGAAUGUCGCCAUCAAAAAGCUGUCGCGGCCGUUCCAGAACGUCACACACGCCAAACGAGCCUACAGGGAGUUUAAGCUUAUGAAGUUAGUCAACCAUAAAAAUAUAAUUGGACUGCUGAACGCAUUCACGCCGCAGCGCACGCUCGAGGAGUUCCAGGACGUGUACCUGGUGAUGGAGCUGAUGGACGCCAACCUGUGCCAGGUCAUACAGAUGGACCUGGACCACGAGCGGAUGUCGUACCUGCUGUACCAGAUGCUGUGCGGCAUCAAGCAUCUGCACUCGGCCGGAAUCAUACACAGGGAUCUAAAACCGUCAAACAUCGUCGUCAAAUCGGACUGCACGCUCAAGAUCCUGGACUUUGGGCUGGCCCGCACGGCCGGCACCACCUUCAUGAUGACGCCGUACGUGGUGACGCGGUACUACCGCGCCCCCGAGGUCAUCCUGGGCAUGGGCUACAAGGAGAACGUCGACAUCUGGUCGGUGGGCUGCAUCAUGGGUGAGAUGAUCCGCGGCGGGGUGCUGUUCCCGGGCACGGACCACAUUGACCAGUGGAACAAGAUCAUCGAGCAACUCGGAACGCCGUCGCCCUCGUUCAUGACCCGGUUACAGCCGACGGUGCGGAACUACGUCGAGAACCGGCCCCGCUACACCGGCUACCCGUUCGAUCGGCUCUUCCCGGACGUGCUCUUCCCCACGGACUCGAACGAGCACAACCGGCUGAAGGCGAGCCAGGCGCGCGAUCUGCUGAGUAAAAUGCUCGUCGUCGACCCGGAACACCGCAUCUCCGUCGACCAGGCGCUCGUGCACAGCUACAUCAACGUGUGGUACGACGAGAGCGAAGUCAACGCGCCCGCCCCCGGCCCGUACGACCAUAGCGUCGAUGAGCGGGAGCACACCGUCGAGCAGUGGAAGGAGCUGAUCUACCAGGAAGUCAUGGAGUACGAGGCGCGCAACAACCUCGCUGACGGCGACGGCACCCCGCGGUCUCAUCAUCCCUCUUACCCUGGCCGCACCCAACCGUACCAUCAAACCCAGCAUCACCAUCAGUACCAUCGUUACAAUUCGGGGGAGGAUCGCGAGGCGGCGGCGGCAGGAGGGGGACUGUGCGAGGAGCGCCUGGAAAAACCCAAGCAAGCCGCUUGCACUAGUCUAGAGCACUUGCUCGUUGGCGAUGGCGUCUACUCCGCGUCACGUCAUCAGAUUUUCGAUGACGUCGGCUUGCUGCGAUUGCGCGACGUCGGUCAGCCGGUCGAUUGUGCCAAUUACGAGCGGGGAGCCGAUGACGAAAACCCUUUCAACUUAAAAAUGGCCUACGCAAAUUUCCCCCUUCCUGAGUUGCUCAACGAAAUCAACAACAAUGCCAGCAACACCGAAUUCACCGUCCCGGGCCGCUUCCAGAACCUGUUCCCGAUCGGCAUCGGCGCCCAGGGUGCCGUCUGCGCCGCAAUGGACGUCGUGACGGGACGACCCGUGGCCAUCAAGAAGCUUUCGCGACCAUUCCAGGACGUGACCCACGCCAAACGUGCCUACCGGGAGAUUAAGCUGAUGCGAUUGGUUGACCAUCCCUUUAUCAUAAAACUCCUGCACGCCUACUCCCCGCAAAACUCGCUGGACACCUUCCGGGACAUUUACCUGUUCACCGAGCGAAUGGACACCAAUCUGAGCGUCGUGAUCGGCAAUCCGUUGGACCACGAGCGGUUGUCCUUUCUCGUGUACCAGAUGCUGUGUGGCGUCAAGUACCUGCAUUCAGCGGGAAUUAUUCAUAGGGAUCUCAAACCAACGAACAUCGUCGUGCGCGCGGACUGUUCGCUCAAGAUUCUGGACUUUGGCCUGGCCAAGGUCGUCGGGACGAACUUCAUGAUGACCCAGUACGUGGUGACGCGCUACUACCGAGCCCCCGAGGUCAUCCUGAACAUGGAGUACGACACCAAGGUGGACAUUUGGGCGAUCGGUUGCAUCAUGGCGGAACUCAUCACCGGCCGGGUGCUCUUCCCCGGCACCGACCACGUCGACCAGUGGAACAAGAUCGUCGAAACGCUCGGAACGCCAACACCGGAGCUCAUCGCCAAGGCGCCCAGCUCCGAGCGGCGGUACAUCGAAACCCUCCCCGUCCACCCACGACCAACGAUCGAGCAGCUCUUCCCGGACGAGUCCUUCCUGGCGACGGCGGCCGGAUCGCCGGAACUCAACAACGCGAAUGCUCGUGCCAUGCUGGCCCGCAUGUUGACGAUCGAUCCGGCCGAUCGGAUGUCAACGGAGGAGGCGCUCGCCCAUCCGUACAUCAGCUUGUGGUUCCAGGAGGACGAGGUCAAUCGACAGCGCCCGUUCCGUACGAUCACGCGCUGGACGAGCAGGAGCUCAGCUUGGACCAGUGGAAGGCGCUGCUGUUUCAGGAGAUUCGGGAGAUUCAGGCGGAGACGUUGGAGGCGGAGUGAAGUUGAGGCGUGUGUAAGAUAGAAGCAUUUAAGGCUAUUUCUUAAGUAAGUUGCAGCAUUCUCGACGACUUUCCGUGUAGGACAGCGAUUCUCAACGGGGGUACCGGGGCUACUUGAUUUACAUGGUAGGGGGUACCAGCCUAGAAGAAGGUUGAGAAUCGC